AGCUUUUUGGCAAAAAAUACAGGAGUUAGUUUACCAAUAUAAUUGCGGUCUGAUCAACACUGUUGCAAGGUAGCAGGUUGGCUAGCCGCUCUUUUCAAAUAUUUUGUUAACUUAUUUUUUUGUGUCAUCCUUUGCAGCUCGAGACCGAGCAGCAUAACUAGCCAGCUUGUUACUACAUUAUUUGAAUUCGACAAGGCUGUUUUGACGUUGGAUAGCUAGCUACAUUCACUGGUUCGAAAUUUCGAAUAGACCAGACAUCACAUUUUAAAACGGGUUCAUUUCUUUGCUGUGUCGUUAGAUUCACACGCUAGCAAGAAAGCUAUACUUCCCCCCCCCCUGUGCGGCUAAGUUUAAACGUACUUUGAUUUUGAAAGCCAUCUACUAAUAACUAACUAGCUACCGGUUGUCAUUUUUACUUUGUCAACAACAAGGCGUGACGUUUGGUUCAACACUAAUUCUGCCUGCAAGAUUUUUGUUGGUGACUUCCACGAACGUUGGCUAGCAUUUACGUUAGCUUGCCAUCACUGACAGCGAUUGUAACCGCGAGCCAGCAUCAGUCAAGCGAAUUUGACAAAAACAACUUAGCCAAUAAAUAAGCUAUCAAGCUGAUCAGAGCAGUAUCACAGCGAUAACUGACUUCUGUUAUCGAUAAAUUGCCUUGUGGGAGAUAGUAUAUAUUUUGCUUAUUUGAAUCAUUACCAAAAAAACGUAAUUGAACGUGAAGUCAUUAACGUUAACCCACAGAAGUAGUUGUGUAUCCAAAUUCAGACCCGAAUUGUCAUCUUUUUUUCGGUGCUAUUGUUGAAAAUGGCGGCGAUCGAAAUGGUGCAGAUGUUGAUCGAAGCAGCAGAAUACCUUGAUCGCAGAGAAAGAGAAGCAGAACAUGGCUAUGCCUCCAUGUUACCGUUCACCAGCAGCAAAGAGAAGGACAGCUUGAAACGGAAAAACAAAAGCAAGAAGAACUCCAAUAGCAGAUCUACACACAACGAGAUGGAGAAAAACAGACGCGCACACCUACGGCUGUGUUUAGAGCGACUGAAAUCCCUCGUUCCAUUGGGACCAGACUCCAACAGGCAUACCACGCUCAGCCUGCUGAUGAGGGCCAAGAAACACAUUGUGCGGUUGGAGGAGAGCGAGCGGAGAGCCCAGCAUACCUUAGACCAGCUGCAGAGAGAGCAGAGGCACCUGCAACGGCGUCUGGAGCAGCUGGGGGUGGAGAGAACACGCAUGGACAGCACAGGAUCCAUUGUCUCCUCCGACAAUCCUGACUCAGACCAGGAGGAGGAGCUGGAUGUGGAUGUGGAGGGGACUGACUACCUGCUGGGGGAUCUGGAGUGGAGCACCAGCAGUGUCAGUGACUCUGAUGAGCGGGGCAGCCUGCGUAGCAGCUGCAGUGACGAGGGAUACUCCAGCGCCAGCCUGCGCCUGCGCAUGCAGAACCAAAACACUCAGGAGAAGGCCGAGCAGCUGGGCUGCAGCCUAUAAGAGCACAGCCCUCAACCUCUGACCCCCCCCCGGCCCCCAUCCAAUCCCGUCCCUCUGUCGUCCAGUUAACUCCCGCCCUCCAACCAGUCUCUGCCAAUCAGACCUCACUCCCAGCAGGACUGGCCUGUUCUGACCAAGCCCCCUCCUCCUUUCCAACUGUAUUCCACCUCUUUCCCCCCUGAAACCCCCAAUGCAACACCUCUUAGACACACCCACCGUCCUAUCUCAACUGUCCCAUCGGCCAACCAAAAUGGAGGAUCAGUCUGUGGCACUGCCCAAUCAGAGCUUUUUGAUGAGUGGGAUUAGGACGAUAAGACACUCUGUCCGUCCCUUUGUGUCCACCAGCCUGCCCCCUUCCUUCUGUCCUUCCUUCCUGCUCUGCUGUCUGUUUCAGUGCAAGAGCCAAGUAGAGGUGACUGACUUUUCACAUCCAUGCAGUGUCCCCCUUCCAGCGUCCGAAAACUUAAGACAGCUAGAGAAUGUGAUUACAACACCACACCUACACCCCACUGCCUCUCUCUUGUUCAGAAGCCAUCUGAAGCAAUCCAGUCAUGAUGAGAACCCCUCUCGACCCCCAGCUCUAAAUCCCAUUUCUCCCAUGAGACUGGCUCCUCCAUAGGUGGUGGUCAUACAGACAGCAGAGCUGUGCCACCUGACUAACCAGCUGACCAAUCACAGCAUGGUAUUUUGGAACGGAGUAUAGGAAUGGAUGGUCUUGGUCAAAGAGCUGUGGCGUGGUCAUUUUAAACAAUCUACACUGCAGCUAUUGUAGUAAUGUUAUCAGGUGUAGUCUUUCAGUAAGUCUUUAUGGUAAAUAAUCAUCUACCUGCACUUUCCACGUGAAGCCUCACUGGGAGUUCUACGACGCUAAGCACGGCUGUGACGUCAUCCAUGUUCCACAACCUCUUCGUUGUUGUGGUCGGCAGCAAUACAUCCAUCCCUCUCUUCUCUACCAGGCUUAGCGGCCGGAAACAUACCUCCAUGUUUAUGGCUCUUAUGGGGUGGGGGGGGGGGGGUUAUUAAGAUGUCAUUUUUUUGUCCACACCUGCCAUUUCAGAAUUUUUAUGAUUGGGGGGGGGGGUAGGAAAAAAACAUGUGCAGCAUGAGAUUAAGGGGUGGGGUGAUUGGGGUUAAGGCAACUUGUACCUUCCUCUCUCUGAUGACGGUGGCGUCUCGCUUGUGUUUUAAUGUACGUGUCUGUGUUGCUGCUGGUCACGCACUGUAGCCAGUGGUAAUCACUUAAAUGUGUCUGAAGGGAAGUCACACAGACAGACAGUACAUUAACUGUUGAAAUAAACCAGUAAAGAGAUUAAAGCACAUUCCAUGUUAGAGAGAAAGUAAGGUGUGUUAGUGGAGAAUUACCUUCGCCCAUAUUUAUGAGGGAGAGCGUUUUGCAGUUUUAAUGACAGGAAGGAUCUAGCUAUCAGCUUCAGGUUACCCACAAGCAGAACACAACAGAUUUGCUGACUUGCUUGGCCUUUCAGUCAAAACACAGAACAAGGAAAGUCAACGUCUAUUGAAUUAGUUCACCUCUGAAAAGGAAAGAGCAGAAAGGUUACUGUACACGAAAUAUCUGCCUGGCCUAUAGAGCUAUUUAUUAUUUUAGCAAAAUGUAGUCAUGUUUAUGUAAAUAGUUGACACAGAAAGAGCUCUAUGUAUAUUGAAUAAAAAAUAUUUAUAUUAUAUCUAAAUAUAGAAAUAUCUAUUUAAUUAGUUAUCGCUUUAGUUAUGUUAUUCUUGUGAGGUUUUCUAUGUGUGGUUGGUUUGCACAGCAUAGUCAAUCCAUAGCUUUUUAGAACUGUCUUUUGUGCCUAUAGACUUUUGUGUCCUUUCAGAAAUUGGCACGGUGCUCCUAGAAAUGAAUGAAAUUGUUUCGUGGUUGAUUUAUAUUUUUAAAUAAUAAUAAACAUCCUCUGUCAAUAGGAAAAUAAUUUAAAUCAAUAUAAUAAUUUAAAAAAUUGAAUAUAAAAAUGUAUAUAAUUUAAGAGGAGCUGGUGUUGGUGCUUUGGCAUUGCUGUGACGGUGGGAAGCUACAGUGGGGUUUCACCCUUCUUUGUGCCUGAGAGCCUGAAACAAAAUGGCUCCUUGACCCAAGAGAUUAUAACAUAGUGUAGCGAGAGGAGGAAAUGGUGGGUUCAAUAAACUGGAGAGGAUUGCAGUCGCGGUUAGAUUACAGGCUAGUCAACUACAUCCAUCUCCUGCACUGUUGCAGCACAAUGGCGAACCUGGAACCUGUCACAUGCAGAAUCUCGUUAGAAUGGGAAGAUGGUCGAUACACAGACAAAAGAAAUAUAGGAUUAGGGUUGUUUAGUGUCGUGUGUGUGUGUGUGGAAUGCUGCACUUCUGUGUCACUUAAAAAAAAAAAGGUAUCCAAAAGGAGAGGAACGAUGUAGCCAUGCCAGAAGGGGAUUGUUGUGAAUUGAGCCCCCGGCUGAGACUGGUGUCAUGGGGCAGGUGUGUGUAUGUCCCGUCACUGUCUUCAGAGAGAAACUAUAAGGGUUUGGGAGAGGGAGGGUUGUUUUGAAUGGGGGAUAAAAAUGGCACUUAUAUGGAUGUUUUUAGUUGUUUACAAGUUGUUUUUUAAAUCCCACCUUCAAAGAAGACCUCAUGUAUUAUUAAAAGAUCGAAUGGGAUCUUAAGCACUUACAAAUUCAUAGCAUAUUGUAUGAAUUGGAAUUCGUAACAUACGAAUUGAGAAGGGGGGAAAAAGGAUGACGUGCACAAUUUUCUGGGACCCGUUUUGUCUUGAGUGCUACUUUCAAAACUACUGUUUGAAAAUAUACGAAACCUCUGUAGCAUCACUUUAACCUAAGCAUUGUCUGUUAUUCGGGGGCCACACACUUCUCUUUCCCUCCGUCCAUGGCCUGUUUUCUGUGUCUUCCACUCCUCGUGUGUGAAUGUGGCUCCCAUUGAGAAGAGAUCCUGAUUCAUUUCUAUGGUGCCCCCCCCUUCCUCCCACAUGCUGUUGGCCAGCCACCAUGGUGCAGAGGGAGCCUGAGGGAGCAGACUGGGCUGUUUGUACAGUAUAGCUGCAGCUCUCCUACCUCCCCGUAUUACACUCUUUUAACACCCUUGGUGCUUCAGCAUCUGCCUUGAGCAGGUGUGGAUUCUUAAAGAACAAGCAGAUCACUGCAGUUGGCUUCUGUGUAGUCCUGUGUAAGCUAUAUGGGAUAUCACCCUAGGAAUUCAGAAAAAAAAAAAAGUGUGUAUAUUUGGGUUAGGUUCGUACGAAGUGGCUUAAGCCUUAAAACAGACAACUGUAAGAGAACCAUAGUAAAGUAUAUUAUAUAUGAAUGUAUAUAAUGUAAGUAUAGACGUGUUAUUACAAAUGUCAUUAUUUUCAUUGUAACCUUUCGGGUGUGUUGCUCUCCCUCAUAUGCGCACACACGUUGUCAUACACGCACGUCAGAAAAACGAUGGCUUAAGGGUUGGUUCAACUAUUAAAAAGGUUGAUGUUUUGUGCACUUCCAUUUUAGAAUUGGGGAAUUUGAAUAUUGACUUUAAAAGAAAGCACUUAAACAUUUCAGAGAGAGAGAAAAAAUGGGGAAAUGUGGAGCAGUAAUUUAUAUUUGCCAGUGAUAUGAAAGGAAUAAAACAUCUCCCAACCUUGUUUACCUA